UGAGCCCCUGGUCCCAACAGUACAGUGAUCACAGGCGUGCGGUGUUUUUCACUUUUAUUUACAGUUUUAAGCUUUAACACCAUAUAAUUUUAACAUUUAGAUACACGUGCAGGUAUAUUCUGUUACUCUAAGGUGGGUAAAGUGAUAUUUGUGGUUUUGGUGUUAACUUAUUUGGCUGUAAAUUACCGCACUAACGGGACUAUGCUAACGUGCUAAUGCGGCUAGCUUCAGAUUCACGCCCAAAACAAAAACAUUUCUGUGAAAAUAUGAAAUUUUAGCUCCGUGUUUUAAUGUUUACUCUAUCCACUCGGGAUUACAGGGCUGUAGUACGCCUGGGGUGCGACACCAGGGCUUGUACGAGCUUUGUGCCCGAGUCUGAGAUUGUUUUGUGGAUCUAAUCUCAGGAUCUCAGCAGCUGAUCUUAUUAACGCUGACCGAAACAGAGAGAGUGUUAGGCGGACAUAGACAGCAGCUCGUCCCGCUGAGAAGAGCCCACAGUCGGCCAUGAGCUAACCCUCGGGCCCUAGAGGAGAGAAGGGCCGUCUCGAGGAGCUACUGAGAAGUGAAGAAAAGCAGAGAGUCCCGGAGAGGAGGAACAAGAGCUGGGAGAAGGAAGACUGGGAGCCUGGGUAAGGAGAAGGGAGAGGGAUCGUCUGGAAAAGCUGCUGGGUGAUAGAGGAGAGAGACACAACCCAGAAGAGCAGAAGGGGGAGGUCCGAGAGAGGAGAGGAGGAGUUGCGGAGCAGGGACAGGAGCAGGACCGGAGGAGAGAAGAUGGGGAACAGUGCUCUAAAGUCCCACCUGGAGACCUCUCAGAAGACUGGAGUGUUCCAGCUCACAGGGAAAGGCCUGCAGGAGUACCCAGAGGAGCUGCAGCGUCUCACCUCAAACCUUCGUACAGUCGAUCUGUCAGGAAACAAGAUUGAGGUGCUUCCUGCUUCGAUUGGGAACUUUCUACAGAUGAAGAGUCUGACGCUCAACGCAAACAGGCUCACAAGUCUUCCCCCAGAGAUCGGCAAACUGAAGAAGCUGGAGACACUGAGCUUGAACCAGAACCAGCUGCAGCGUGUCCCGGGUACCCUGUGCGACCUCAAAGCCCUGAGAACGCUCUCUCUGUCGGGUAACCUCCUCUCGGAGCUGCCCCCGGGGCUUGGGGCUCUCAGGCAUCUAGAUCUACUCGACCUGUCCCACAAUAAGAUUCAGGCCAUCCCCCCAGAGGUCCAGGAGCUACAGGUCAUCGAGCUCAACCUCAAUCAGAACCAGAUCUCAUCCGUGGCCCCCUCCAUUGCUCAGUGUCCGCGGCUGAAGGUUCUGCGUUUGGAGGAGAACUGUCUGGAGCUCUCUGCUGUCCCUCAGACGGUGCUGGUGCAGUCUCAGGUGUCUCUGCUCUCUCUGGAAGGAAACCUGUUUGAGGUGAAGAAACUCAGAGAUCUUGAAGGAUAUGAUAAGUACAUGGAACGUUUCACCGCCACAAAAAAGAAGUUCACCUGAAGGCCCGGGAUGUAAAACUAAUGGAACAUAUAAACUUCAACAGAAUUUAACCUCAAGAAACAAGAAAUAUUUCACAAAAAAACUGACAAAAACUAAGAAACACUAAAGACUAAUGCACCAGAGCACAGCGCUAUGACGCAAAUGUUUUUUUUUAUUGAUGUGUUGCAUUAAAGUGCCUAUGACAGGUUGAAUUAUUCAUUAACUAAAACACAGUGAAGAUUAAUGUAUUUAAGAUUUUACAAAAAAAAAUGUACCUUUUUUCUCAGUUUGCCCAUUAUUUUGGUUUCAAAUUUUACUUCCUAGUUAGAAAUCAUGACGUCAUACUUGGGUAACAACACUAUGUCAAAACUCCCCCAAUGUACACAUAGAUGAUUUCACAAAUAAAAAUAUAACACCUCAAUUUUGCUGAAAUCAUGUUAAAAAUAUUGGGAAAAAAAUAGUUUCUUGUGUAAAUAGUUCUUAACAUUUCCAUUUCUAAAAUAACUCUCUACUUCUACUACUUUUGUAAUUUUCAACAUAUUUUUCAACUUUUGUUGAAAAAUAUUGUUGUAAAACUAGCAGUUAUAUUUACAACAUGAAUUUCCCCACUAAAUGAAGUGUAAAUUAAAGAAUUAUCAGAACCUGUCAUAUGCACUUUAAAUGCAUAAGCUGUCCGUUUGCCAACUCCAUGUUAAAACUAUGUCGUUGAAAAACAUGUUAAAGCUCGUAUAUUUUAUUUACAUAAUUCCUUUGCUCUGUUUCAGAUGACAUCACCACUAUUUGUACACCUACAAAGAGUAGAUUUAAUACAAAUGGGGGCAGUUAAAAUGAAUCUAGUUGCAGAUUUCUGAUAGAAUAAUGAUUAGGUUCAACAUUUGUGAAUUUACCUUUUGGAUAUUUCAUGGCAAAGUACAAUGUAAUCAACAGGAAAAAACUGUCACAUCCUAGAAUCUGAAAAACACCUGAGAGUCUGGAGAAGGUAAUUGGACUUCUGGAGCACCACCUGAUGACAUUAUAAGGUGUGUUGUGUGCUGUGCAGAUGGAGACAGUUUUAGGAUUACUGAAACAUGUGAAUGAAACAAAACAACCAGGAAUGUUUCUGAAGAGGACACUAUAUUAGAACAGGGUUAAAGCCCCACUGUGGAACAUUUCAUCAUCAGAGACCUGGUUUAGUCCUAGGUUAGACCUUGAAUAGUUCUGUUGGACCUGGUUUAGAUUUGGUGGUACUUGGGAAACCAAAUGGUCUAUGUUAUAAUGUUGUUUCCUCAUCACAAACAAACCUGGAGAUGUGUUUUGUCUCAUUCACACACGUUUAACACACAAACCUGCAUAUUGAAGCUGAGUUUUCACUCACACAGAAAAAAGUGUGUUCCACCUUGUGAUGUCAUGUGGUAAUAAAGGUGUUUUUAAACUCCUCUCCUCCACUUCUCUAGAAUCAUUUGGAUAACUUUGGCCCUGGAAUUACCAGUCUCUACUGAAAUGAAGUUAAAAGGUACCUGUUCACUUCUGCUUCAUGACAUCACAAGGUAGAAUGGAAUUUUGAGCUUUGGAGAUGUAGCCAGACUUAUAGUAAAGGAUUUCUCAAAUGUGCGAAUGAAACAAAACACAACUCCUGGUAUAUUAAAAUGUGAUAAUCACGAGGAGGUGGUUAGGAGCCUUAAAAUAUGUGGCAUGAAGUUUAAAUCUAGGUCCAGUGCUGUUUAAUCUGGCCAGAAAAGUGUUAAUGGGAAGUUAAUGAGACCGACUUAUUUCUCUGUAUUAAUUUAUUCAUAUGACUAAACAUGACUCAUUUUUCCGUUAAGUUUUGUCCAAUUGUAAAUAAUGCAAAUCUUUAUGCUGUAAUGUUUAACCCAAUAAACAAAUGCAACAUGUCUCA